AUGUAAGGAAUAGCUAAUCAGAGUCCUGACCGGAAUUUAUCACUAACUAGUCUAACCAUUGUAUAAAUAAUCCUCACUGCCCUCAGCGAGGCUAGGUAUUGUGAGUACGCUCCUUUUCUCCAUCUGGUUUACUUACUGUGUUUCGAUGUGUCUUUUAAAGUAUUGGAGCGUUCUGCUUGUGCUGCUUUCACCAUUGAUGCUGGAGGCAUCUGGGCCGAUUCGCUGCUUGCCUUGCACCGAUGAGAGGUUGGCACACUGCCCACCCGUGGAUAAUACAUGCACAGAGGAGGUGGUGAGGGAGCCCGGCUGUGGCUGCUGUCGGAUGUGCGCGCUGUCUCGCGGCCAGCUGUGUGGGGUGUACACGGCACGCUGUGGCGCGGGGCUCCGCUGUUACCCCCAGCUCGAGGAAUCCAAACCUUUGGAGACACUCAUGCAGGGACGGGGCAUAUGCAUGGAGCUACCUGAGGUUGAAAGGAUUCAAGCAAUACAAGCAGAAACUCAAGCAUCUGAUGUGGAAGCUGUGAAUCCAAGUCCAGGUGGCACAGAAGGCACCCAAGAUCAGUUAGCAGGCACCAACUUCAGAUUUAUACCAGCUCCUGGGCAUGUCAUACCAGACAGACUGUUUGAAACACGCAAUUCAGCUGAUGCACAGAUGGGAAUGAGGGCACGACUAAACUACAAGCAGAAGCCAAGAGAGCCGCUGGGCCCCUGCCAGGAGGAAAUGCAACGAGCCAUUGAAAGGAUAAUUGUGAUUCAACAGCAUGCUAACGAAGAGCUUUACAGGUUUCACAUCCCAAACUGUGAUAAGAGAGGAUUCUAUAACCUGAAACAGUGUGAAUCGUCACUGGACGGACAGCGUGGAAGGUGUUGGUGUGUUUUUCGCUGGAAUGGAAAGAGAAUCCCUGGCUCCCAUGAAGUGAGAGGUGAUCCCCAAUGUCACAGGCACGACAGAGGUGUUUCAGCAUCAACAGAACAAAAUAACUGAAGUGUCUUAAGAAACUGAUGAGGCAUUAAAAUC